AUGCUUCCAGCGACGUUAUAUCUCACGUCUCGAGCCUUGCUCUGGUUUGAUCUUACAUAUCGGAUCUACCUUUCAGAACGCAACCGCUCCAAGAACCGUCGCAGGGUUGCAAAGAAACUCAACGCCGAGGGCCAAGAAGUUCCGGUUCCCAAGGCCGUCGCCUGCGUCGUGGGAUAUCGCGAAGAGGCGGAGCUCUUCAAGGCUGCCUUGACAAGCUACCUCACGUCAGGCUGCAACUACCUUGUGGUCGGCAUCGAUGGCGAUACUAAAGAUGACAAGGAGAUGGUCCAGGUCUUCGAGAAGGUCGUAGGUGCAAAUCGAAAGACGGUUGUCAUCAACCUCAAUGCGUGUGUUGGCCAAGAGUUCAUGGAAGUACGAGAGUUCGACAUCAAGAACACGUCCCCGGAAGCCCGAGCGCCAAAACCAAAACAGGACGAAGAAGAGUUCAAAAGAGCGUACGAAUACAUGCGUACCGCGUUGAUCAACUCCGGAUUCGUGGACACCAUCAGAGGCGGCGACGAGAACUUCGCCGUCUGCUUCACGCAACCCCAUCGUGAUCUCAAGGAGGUCAGGCUGGCUGCUUGGGUCAUGUCGAUUGUUGUCGCAGACUUGAGAGAUGUCGGGUAUCUCUGGUCCAGUGACUCGGACACGGUCAUUCUUCCCGAUACCAUUUCCAGUCUCACCAAGAUCGUGGCAGCGGAGCCACGGGCUGCCGGCGGAUCAGCCCUCGUUCAACUCAACAACGCGCACAUUUCAUUCGUAUCGCGAAUGGCGCAGACUUCGUUCAGCUGCGAUGCCAUUAUGAACCGCUCGGCCAAUGCAGCUAUCGGGAGAUCGGAGUGUCUGAACGGGCCCGGAUCGCUGUUUAGGAUUGCGGCGCUGCGCACGGUGGCUGCUGGGUGGUACCGCUGCCAGUAUCCCGGCUCCCAAUUUCGCAGUGUUCUAAACGAGGACAUGCAAGUCACGAUGAUGUUUGGGAAAGCGGGCUGGAAGCGCUUGUACUCCGAGGGCUCGAUCAUCGAGACAGCAGGACCCACGAAUCUCAAGGGCUGGGUUGGUCAAAGAAUUCGCUGGAGUCGGGGCAUCCAUCUCCAUCGGGUGCACGACUAUCAAUACGUCUUAUCCCAGGGACUCCUCUACACAGCCUACAUGGUCCGGAGUGCCCUCUACGACCCCUUGUUGCUGAUCUGGACAUCCUACUUUGCCAUCACAGGCCAUCAGCUAGUCAAGAUCUCGGUGCUAGAUGUGCUCGCUCUCGAGGUCAUCCCCCCGUUCUACAACUACUUCAAGUCCCGCAAGCCUCGAGCCGGCCUCGCGGCUAUAGCACCCUACCUCUCCUACAGAGCCAUCGCCCCCGCGUACCGGAUGUACACCUUCCUAACGCCAGGCAAGGACUCCUGGGCUCUGCCUUCUGGCGCGAAGACGCCAGGCUUCCUGACCAUGCUCUCUUUCGAUCCAGAGAUGGGCUUCGUCUACUUCUGGUUCACUCUGAUGGCCAUCGCCAUCGCAAGAGGUCUUCUCAACCUCGUCUGA